AAGGCGGGCGCGCGCACCGCUCAGCCUGCCAGCCGUGCCCGCGCUCGGGCUAAGGGGCAGUCAGGAGACCCGCGCGUUUCCAUCCCUUCGCCAGACUUGGCUCCUGACGUCUUCUUCCUGAGGGUGAAACUGGAGGAGACUGGGGAGCUGUUCCGCGUGGCCAACUGCCGCAACGACAUGACGGUGCGGGAGCUCAAAGAGGAGCUGGACCUGGUGGUUGGCAUCCCCUUCAACCUACAGCGGCUGCAUUUCCUGGACCAAGGAAUUUUGAUGGAUGACGCUACCCUGAAGUUCUACGAUGUUAUCCCUGGAGCAGUUAUCUCAUUAUGUAUCUGGCAUUAUGAUGGUUGGACGGAACUGGUUUUGGCAGCCGUGGAAGGGGACCCCAGUAAGGUGGUUUCAUGCUUCUUUUAAUAUUAGGGAUUGAGGGACCCCCCAGUCUUUAGCAUGAGCAUUUGAAUAAAGGCCUCAGAGUAGGGAAGAAA